CUCCCUUUUUUCCUCUUUCAUUUCCCUAAAACCCUAAUUCCACAGCUCCAUUUCACUAGAAGAAAUUUUUCUGCCGAUUUGCUCUCACAAUCCAAAAAAGAAAAUGAAAAGAAAGCAAGGCGGAAGUGGAAGAGGAUGUUCCAUUAUGGAAGGCCAAUUCACACGGAGCAAAUCUCAGAUCUACUUGCACUGUAACAGAUCGGGUCGAGUUCGGGUCGAUUCGGCCAAAUUCAAGCGUUCCGAUCACCAGCUCCAGCAACUGGAUCCACCUGUGAAGAAACUCAAAAUGCUAAUCGUACAGAAUCCAGAAGGUUCUUUGGAUCGGUGUGAAAUAUCUCGUACGCCAGUCAAGGAUCUUCGCGCUCGAAGAGUAUUUUCUUCACCUUCAGUUGUUUUAGAAAAUGACGGCAAUUUGAAGAAAAGCGAAUCUCCGUUAUUGAAGGAGAAAAAUGAGAUAAAGGGAGAUGGUAAAAUGGGAACUGAGAGUAAUGGAAAUAGGAAUGGAGGUGUUCAGAAGAGUAAUUCAGCUGUGAGUUCGAGCUUUCGGAGGAAGGUGUUCAUAGCUCGAAGCUCAUUUAGUUACAGAAGAUUGCUACCAUAUUUGACGGAAGCUGCGAGAGAGUACUCUGAUGUUUCAGAAACUGAGAUACGUGAUAUGGAAUCCAAGUCCAACAAUUCAACUUUGAGUUAUCUGAAACCUGAUCUGCAAUCAAUGGCUAGUAAUGGUUCUACUUCUGAAGAUAAACAUGUUGGUGCUAAUUCUGAUGUCAGUAAAUUGCUAAGGAGUGUUGAAGGUCAGCAGAUUGAGGUCAAUAUAUCAUGCAACCCGCAGGACCUCAAUGAUGUCCCUGAUGUUUUGAGCCAGACUCGAGUAGAUCCUCAAGUGUUUACCGAGGUGGGAGGACUUGAUCCUGAGGCAUUGGAAGAAUGUGUCCAGACGACACCACCAGAUGCUGACAUUUUAUGUAAAGCAGAUGUGAGCAACUUGGGUGCCAGCAUAGAACAUAAUGUGGAGCAGACACAGAAAUUUUUUGUUGGUCAUCCAUCAGAUAGAAGAAAUGGCUGCAUUGUAAAGAAGUCUAGUUUGAGCCCUGGGAGAAAUGGCAGUGCUUCGAGGAACAAAUUGGCUCUAAAUCCUUGCUCUAGGCUGAAGGUGUUCAAAGCUGUAAAUUCUGUUAGUUACAGAAGACUGCUCCCAUUUCUGAUGGAUGUUGCAAAAAGUGAUUCCGGAGGUGCUUCAAGUGAAAAUGGACAUACCAAAUCUCAGAGGGACUUGGAGUGCAAUCGACCUUUGAUGUCCGUGAGUAAAGAAGUUCUUAUGAAUAAAGAAUAUUCUCCUAUGAAAGAUGAAACUAAAGAACAAGAGACAAAGAUAUUGGAACCCAAGUGCAUCUCAGCCAAUGAUGUGAGUGAUUGCUUAAAUACUUGUCUCCCCAUGGAAAAUUUAAGUUCUGCUGCGGAAUCAUUCAAUGAGAAGCCAAGUUCAGUGUUUCCUGAUGACAUUGCCUAUCCACAGACUUUACUUAACGUGGAAAUCAGAAAAUCAGAAACAGAGUGUACUGAUGCAAGUACUACAGAAAAGUCAGAACCAGAAUGUCUCAAUAAUGAGAUCAAUAAUUUUAAUACUGGAGAAAAUUGUCCAGGAGUAACAUCAAACUCCAAUGUAAGUCCUGAAACUUCAACUGGAGAAUAUAAAGUAGAUACCACAAACCUUUUGCCUAUCAGUCUUGAAGAUUUGUUAAGUGAAUAUGGGGUAGAAGUUCCAAAAGUUGGGCCUGUUAGUCCUGAAGGUGAUCGCAUGACUUUGAAGGUAGAUCAUCAUGAAGAAGCUAGCAAUUUGAUUGAAGUAAUAGGUUCAAAUUGCUGUGAACCGACUGGCACUGUAGGAAAGGAGCUUUUCCUCAAGGUGUCAGAACCUGAGCCUAUCACUAAAGAAAGCAGCUGCAAGGUUUUGUUGGCAGAUAGCAAUGAAGAGACUAGUGCGGUUGAAGCAGUUGCUUUGAUCAAAGCAUCUUCUUCCACUGAACCAUCAGAUCUCUCAGAAUAUAGUAAUGAUGGUCUCACCAAAACCUUAUGCAAGGAGUCCAUACAAAAAAUCUCAGAAUCUGAGCCUAGUGAUGCUCCAAACAAAAAUGGAUGCCUUGAACCAACUAUUUGUCAUCAGAAAUCAACUCUGAGUGAAUCAUCAUAUGAUUUGGUUACUCGUCCUGAUCUUCUCAACAAAGGGAUAUUAAAGAGAAAUCCUAGGGGAUGUAGAGGUCUGUGCAACUGUCUGAAUUGUGUGUCAUUUCGCCUGCAUGCUGAGAGAGCAUUUGAAUUUUCUACAAAUCAGAUGCAAGAUUCUGAAGAAGUUGCUCUGGGAUUGAUGAAGGAGUUGGCUAAUAUGCGGAUUUUCUUGGAGAAACACCUUUCUAGUGAAAACGACCUUGCUCCUAUACCACUUUCUCAGCUUGAGGUUGAAGAAGCAUGUACAAAAGCAUUGGAAGCAGAACAACUAGCAAAAGAACGCCUUAGCCAAAUGAAUAACGAGCUCCAUUAUCACUGUAGAGUCCCGCCCUUGUACCGGCCAAGAGUGACAUUUGCCAGUUCCAUAGAAGAAAAAACUGUUCAAAAGAUAGAAUCAUCUAGUUCAAAAUCUGAGAAAGAAGAUAUCAAAGCAAGGGCAAAGCGCGGUCGAAAGAAGCAUCAGUGAGCUAAAUACUUGCUUGUGUUAACUUGGAAUCAGAUAAGAAACUAGUUAUCAAAGGGGACUUGUAGAUAGAUGACAGUACCAAAUUAUAGAUUUAUGGAUGAAGCUACAUUUUUUAAUACCUCUUCUGAAAUGAGAUUUACUCUUUGUACUCAUGCUACUAAGUAUUUGCUUUGUAUCUGGAAAAGUAUCUUUUACAACGAUGUUUGUAGAA